AUCCUUAGUUUCGUUAUCCAAGAAUUUUAUACCUGCCUCACUGUUAACCACGGUUUCAUCAACAACUUUAGUUGGUGAUACUGCGAACGCUCAAUUUUGCCACCAGUUUUGGUACUACAUGGGAAAUACUGUUGUUGCUAUUGUCCCAGUUAUCGUUUAUAACGUUUAAAAUAAAUUUCGUCAUUUCCUCAAUUGUUAUCCACCUCUCAAUGGCGCCAGAUUUUCACCUCUCCUACUACGCCAUCUGGGAGGAAUCUACUAAACCUUCAUUUAAAAGCAAAUGUCAACAGCCAUAACAGAAAACAGAAACGUUCCUUGAGAAGUGCCGAUUCGCAUCAAUUCUAUUUUUAAAGUUAUUUAUUUAUAUUGCACAUAUCAAAGUAAUUUGACCAGCAAUGGAGGUAACGGCAGAGCCGACACUAAUUCGUCAUUUCAAAGGCCAUAAAGGAAGGGUCACGCAACUUUCAUUCCAUCCAUCCGCGAAUCAAAUUGCUACCAGUUCCCUCGAUUCCACGGUAAUGCUAUGGAAUUUUAAUCAAGCCGCGCGAUGCGUCAAGUUUACUGGCCAUUUAGGGCCUGUGCACUCUGUGUCGUGGUCACCAAAAGCUGACCUCGUCGCAUCUGCUUCAAAAGAUCGCACAGUUCGCGUUUGGGUGCCGAAAAUUAGAGGAGCUACCGGCGAGUUUCUAGCACAUACGGCUGCCGUUCGCACCGUUGAUUUCAAUCCGGAUGGAAGACAGAUAAUCACGGGGUCCGAUGAUAAAACUUUAAAACUAUGGAAAGUAUCUCACAAGCGCUUCCUAACAUCCUUCACGGGGCACACAAAUUGGGUGCGAUGCGCUCGCUUCAGUCCAGAUGGGAAACUUGUAGCUUCGUGCGGAGACGACAAAACCCUGCGUAUUUACGACCUAUCAAGUGGCGAAAACACGCACACUUUCGUUGAACAAAAAGGCGCUGGCUUGCAUUUAGCCUGGCAUCCAGAUGGAAGCAUUAUUGCUUUGGCCAUGACCGAUAAUCGCAUCAAAGUUUUUGAUAUAUCCACCAAGACUCUAAUCCAACUGUAUCAUGUACAUUCUGAUCGGGUGAACUCAUUAUCUUUCCACCCUUCUGGUAACUUCCUUUUAUCGGGCAGCAACGAUGGAACUAUGAAAAUAUUAGACUUAUUAGAGGGACGACCCAUUUACACAUUAACAGGACAUCUGAGUGGAGUGUCGAGUGUGGCAUUCUCGAACGAUGGCGAAUACUUCGCGUCUGGAGGACAAGAUCAGCAACUUAUGGUGUGGAAAACCAACUUCUAUGAAGCUGAUUCGAAACGGAACUCUGAUGUUUUGAACGAGAGCGGUAUAAGUCCCCUGUCUACGUCGGAAAGCACAUCUGCGAAAGCGACAACAGACGAUGAAUCUGAUGAGAGUGCCGAUAAUCGAGGAAUCGUAAUUGAUUCAAGAAAGUCAAAGAUAUACAAUGAGGAACCGGAUUAUGAGGAUGAAGUUACAAUCCGUAUUGGCAAAAAGAAGAAGCGCUCUCGAUCUUCAUCGCAUGCCAGCCCCGUAGAAAAUAGUUACCCUUGGAUUGAAGACGUUUAUGCUAAGAUAAAUGAACUGACGAAAUAUUUUGAGAACGUUUCCGAUCAAUUGACCAAGAUUGACGGCCGCGUCCAGAAAAUUGAAGAAUUUAUACUUGAGAAUAUUCCCCGCGAGAUUUGAUUCCUUUUUUAUCAAAAAUUUUUUAUGCUGUGAUCUUAUAGUAU